AUGUUGCCCAAGGACUUUCAGUGGGGGUUUGCGACGGCUGCCUACCAGAUUGAAGGCGCCAUCGACAAGGACGGCCGAGGCCCCAGCAUCUGGGACACCUUUUGCGCCAUCCCCGGCAAGAUUGCCGAUGGGUCGUCCGGCGUCACGGCCUGCGACUCGUACAACCGCACCGCCGAGGACAUUGCGCUGCUCAAGUCGCUUGGAGCAAAGUCGUACCGCUUCUCCAUCUCCUGGUCCCGAAUCAUCCCCAAGGGCGGCCGCGACGACCCCGUCAACCAGCUGGGAAUCGACCACUACGCUCAGUUUGUUGAUGAUUUGCUGGAGGCGGGCAUCACGCCCUUCAUCACGCUGUUCCACUGGGAUCUGCCCGAGGAGCUGCAUCAGCGAUAUGGUGGACUGCUGAACCGCACCGAGUUCCCGUUGGAUUUCGAAAACUACGCGCGCGUCAUGUUCAAGGCCCUGCCCAAGGUGAGGAACUGGAUCACCUUCAACGAGCCGCUGUGCUCUGCCAUCCCCGGCUACGGCUCCGGCACUUUUGCUCCUGGCCGCCAGAGCACCACCGAGCCUUGGGUCGUUGGCCACAACCUUCUUGUUGCCCACGGCCGCGCCGUCAAGGUGUACCGCGACCAGUUCAAGGACCUCAACGACGGCCAGAUUGGCAUCGUCCUCAAUGGCGACUUCACGUAUCCCUGGGACUCGUCUGACCCCGCCGACAGGGAGGCCGCUGAGAGGCGGUUGGAGUUUUUCACGGCGUGGUAUGCGGAUCCCAUCUACCUUGGUGAUUACCCUGCCUCUAUGCGCAAGCAGCUGGGCGACCGCCUGCCGGUGUUUACGCCUGAGGAGAAAGCCUUUGUCCUUGGCUCCAACGACUUUUACGGCAUGAACCACUACACGUCCAACUACAUCCGCCACCGCACCUCGCCCGCCACCGCAGACGACACCGUUGGCAAUGUCGACGUGCUGUUCUACAACAAGGAGGGCCAGUGCAUCGGCCCGGAGACGCAAUCUUCGUGGCUUCGUCCUUGUCCCGCCGGCUUCCGCGAUUUCCUCGUCUGGAUCAGCAAGCGUUACAACUACCCCAAGAUCUACGUCACCGAGAACGGCACGAGUCUCAAGGGAGAGAACGACCUGCCCAAGGAGAAGAUUCUGGAGGAUGAUUUCCGCGUCAAUUACUACAACGAGUAUAUCCGCGCCAUGGCCACGGCCGCGACGCUGGACGGAGUCAAUGUCAAGGGAUACUUUGCCUGGUCGCUGAUGGACAACUUUGAGUGGGCCGAUGGCUACGUGACGAGAUUUGGCGUGACGUAUGUGGAUUAUGAGAAUGGACAGCAGCGAUUCCCGAAGAAGAGCGCCAAGAGCUUGAAGCCCUUGUUUGACGAGUUGAUUGCGAAGGAGUAA